UGCUUGUAUAUAAGGUGCAAAUUUGAUGUCCUCUUACCAGCAAACAGCUUCCUACUUCUUCUUACAAAAGUUCCAAACAUCUUUUCAAUCAAAGACUUCGUCAUGUCCCGCACUGCUCACUCAGACUUGAAUUUCUGGAGAGACCUCACCCCUCUUCAUGAACCACUCAACAAACCCACCAACUACUCCAAGCACAUUUUGGUCGUCGGUGGCGGUGUUAUUGGACUCACCACAUCUUGGGCUUUGCUUGACCGAGGCUACCACGUAACCAUCAUGUCCAAAGAAUGGGCCUCCUUCGGCAAAGAACAACGCCUUGCCUCCCAGAUUGCCGGUGCCCUCUGGGAAUACCCACCCGCCGUCUGUGGCCAACACACCGACAAGAUUUCCCUUCAGCACAGUAAGAAAUGGUGCAUGGUCGCCUACCAUAUCUGGAACGCGAUAGCCUCCAACGAGGAGCUUUCCAAGGCAGCCGGUGUCAGAAUGAUGCCGAGCGCGUUUUACUUCCCCAACCCCAUCGAUUCAGAUGACUUCCAGAGGGAAAAGAUGGAGGAAACUUCAACUAGUGGAGUUGUCGGGUUUGACCGCGGUGGAAAGGAGCUCAUAACCAAACGGGGGAUUGAUCCUGCUCAUGGAGGCGUCGAUGCAUACGAGAUCAUGGCACCCAUCAUCGACACUGAUGCGGCCAUGGCAUGGCUCAUGACACUCGUCAAAGCAAAGGGCGCAAAGAUGCACACAGAAACCAUUCAAGGUGAUCUUCUCAAGCAGGAACAACAGCUCCGAGAGAGAUUCCAAGUGGAUGCCAUUGUGAACUGCACAGGUAUCGCGGGAGCUGAGGUGGCCGCUGACAAUACUUGCUAUCCCAUCCGAGGCGGGCUUUUCCGUGUCAUCAAUGACGGAAACGACUUCCCGAAGGUUGAGGCUGCCAUGACCAUAUCUGCCGACGUAGCAAGGCACAAUGAGAUUGUGUUCAUUGUCCCACGCAACGAUAACAUCCUGCUCAUGGGUGGUUUCACGGAACCCCACAACUGGAGACUUGAUUUGACCUUAGAUUCGCCCGUAAUGCAACGGAUGAAAGCUCGUUGCGAAGCCUUCCUUCCCGCGUUGAAGAACGCUCGCCUCGAUCCCGAGUACCCCAUUGCUCAAGGCUUGCGUCCUUUCCGAGGCACCAAUAUCCGUGUGGAGAGAGAACUCAGGCCUCUAGGAUCGGGUACAGCACCGAGUCGCAUUGUACAUUCGUACGGACAUGGAGGCGCAGGGUGGACUUUGUCCUUCGGAUGUGCGGGCGAUGUUUUGAGGCUUGUCGAGGAAGCAUUGAUGGACUUGAAGCCGAAGGGUACCACUUCAGCCACUGCUGCGGGUCCAGCAGUACAAGCGAGAAUGUAAGCUUCAGCCAGAAGAUAGUGAUUAGCAUGCAUUUCAUUUAGUUUCUGUCUUUGGACAUUACCGAGUCCCGUAAUUUAUCCCAUUCGUCUCUGUACACGAGAAUGUGACCAUUGUAACUUCAAAAGAGUGAGAAUCAUGGCUUCGUGUGAAGUAUCCAUUCAAGCGGUCGCGGGAAGAGAUGCCAGUAGGGUCUUGUCGCAACAUCAGAUCAUACGUGCCGAAGGGGAGAGACCAUGAGAAUCGCGCCGCCACAGAUUCAGGCGACGACAAAAAAUGCAUUGAAAUUGGGUUAUUGCGAUAGAAAGAGUGGGUUCAAUGGUACGCGUAUUCUGCCUUGAUUCGUUCAACAGACG